AUGGAGGCAGCUGGGUUUGGCCAAGACCGGACCAGGAGAGGCUGGAUCCUGGGGCAUCUCUGCUCCCUCCUGGCCACGGCACUGCUGGCUUCAAGCCUGGUGCAGGGUGCCCAGGGCAGUCAGAAUCAAGCAGGCUGUGGCAAGCCGUUGGUCUCAGGGCGCAUCUUGAAUGGCCAAAAUGCCCAGGACGGGGCCUGGCCCUGGCAGGUCAGCGUGCGGCAAAAUGGCUCCCACAUCUGCGGCGGUACACUCAUCUCUGAGAGCUGGGUGGUGUCAGCAGCUCAGUGCUUCAGGCCCUCAGCACUGGGCAAGCCAUCCCCAUGUGGCGUAAUGUGUGGCUGUUUCCCAGCUGCCCUUCCCCAGAGGUGGCUGCAUUUCAGCACCACACAAGCCAUCCCCCUGUGGUAUCACUAUGCGGCAGUUCCACAACAAUGUUUUCCUGCAUCCAGGCCUGUGAUCAAUUCAGUGUAUCGGGUGCAGCUGGGUGAAACACGCAUUUUCGAUCAGACCCGCAACCAGACAUUCUCAGCGGUGAAGCGGAUCAUCCUCCAUCCCAGUUAUGACAGUGCUACUCACCAGGCGGACAUCGCCCUGGUGGAGCUGGAGAAUCCGAUUUCGCUCACAGCCACCAUCAGCCCCGUGUGUCUGCUUGAUGCCUCCGUCCAUGUGCCAGCUGGGAAGUCCUGUUGGGUGACUGGCUGGGGAAAACGUUUACCACAAGUGAGUUCUUCCCUAUCGGCAACGCUGCAGGAGGUCGAGGUGCUCGCCGUAGACUCCACGGCCUGCAACAGUCGCUACCGUGAAGCAUUAAAAAAGCCUGUGGGUUACAGCCUCAUCAAAGACGACAUGUUGUGUGCCGGGGACAUGAAAGGCUAUAAAGGCUUUGCUCCGGGUGAUGGCGGGGGACCCCUGGUGUGUCAGGAGAACGGGACCUGGUACCUUGGUGGGAUUGUGAGCUGGUUACUGACGACGACAGUGAAUGGGGUAACCAGUGUUGCCGACGGUUACCCUGGGGUCUACAACCGCCCAAAUGCCCACAAUGAGUGGAUACAAAAGAAUGUGCCUGGUGUGACUUUCACGGUGGUGAAAUUCUCUCCAAACAGUGCCCAUUCCUCUGUCGUCAUCAUCCACAGGGUCCUUCCCCUCACUGUGCUUCUGUGGCUGACCCUGUGA